UUUGAGUCGAGACGAUGACGAGUUUCGUAAGAUUUAUGCGAAAAUGGCUUCUUCCGUCUCUGCGUGCUUCACUCCCCAAUCCUUCGCUCGUCGCAAUGCCAAUCGCAGCAAAAUUCGAAACCCUAAAUUUCAGAAACCAGUGGUCCCCGGCGGCGAAGCCACCACCUACACUCGUCUUCCGCUCAAGCACGACUAUUCCUCUUCUUCCCCUCUCUCGCCUCCCGAAAUCAAGCUCUCCGAAGCGACCCCGCCCAUCGACCACCUCCUCCGCAAUCGCAAACGGCAAACUCAGCGGGAACAUGGCGACGUUUUCGAAGGCAAUGCCGAUUCCGAACCUGAAAGCGACGGCGAGGUCGAAGCCUUCGAGUAUUCGGGAGACGAGAAUGUGGAGGAAGUGUAUCCGAGCGAAAAGGAGAAGGGGGUGCCGGCGGUGAUGCGAUGCUUCGACCGGGCUAAGAUAUAUGUGAAGGCGGGGGACGGUGGGAAUGGUGUGGUGGCGUUCCGGCGGGAGAAGUACGUGCCGUUGGGGGGGCCUUCGGGGGGUGAUGGCGGGAGGGGCGGCGACGUGUACGUGGAGGUGGACGGGGCCAUGAACUCGCUGCUGCCGUUUCGGAACAGCGUGCAUUUCCGGGCAGGGAGAGGGUCCCACGGGCAGGGGAGCUUGCAGAGUGGAGCAAAGGGGGAGGACGUGGUGGUGAAGGUGCCACCUGGAACCUUGAUUCGGAUGAGUGGAGAAGAUGACGUGUUGUUGGAGAUGGUGUAUCCGGGGCAGAAAGGUUUGGUAUUGCCUGGUGGUAGAGGAGGUAGAGGAAAUGCUUCUUUCAAGUCCGGGAAUAAUAAGGUCCCCAAGAUUGCGGAGUACGGCGAAGAGGGUCAUGAAAUGUGGUUGGAGUUAGAACUGAAGCUCGUUGCGGAUGUUGGUAUAGUUGGUGCUCCUAAUGCGGGGAAAAGUACACUUUUGAGUGUUGUUAGUGCUGCAAAGCCGGCGGUGGCUAAUUAUCCCUUUACUACACUGCUUCCGAAUCUUGGUGUUGUUUCCUUUGACUAUGAUUCAACCAUGGUAGUUGCAGACCUUCCAGGUCUUCUUGAAGGGGCACACCGAGGUUUUGGUUUAGGCCACGAGUUUUUACGCCACACUGAGAGGUGUUCUGCCCUGGUACACGUUGUUGAUGGUUCGUCACUGCAGCCAGACCUUGAGUUUGAUGCAGUUCGUCUAGAACUAAAACUAUUCAAUCCUGAACUUGCUGAGAAGCCUUUCGUAGUUGCUUUCAACAAAAUGGAUCUUCCAGAAGCAUAUGAAAACUGGGAAUCCUUCAAAGAAAAUUUGCAGUCUCGUGGGAUCACACCUUUUUGUAUGAGUGCCGUUACAAGGGAAGGUACUCAUGAAGUUAUCUCUGCUGCGUAUGAGCUUUUGCGUAAAAGUAAAGAAGAAAACGAGGAAUACGAAGAUGGAAAAGAUAUGGUAAACUUGAAUCAUGUAGCUGAUGCAGUACAGAGGCAGCGGAAUGCAUCCAUCAGUGAUUUUGAGAUUUUUCAUGAGAGUGAUUCAAAUAAUUGGCAUGUAGUUGGAUCUGGACUACAAAGAUUUAUUCAGAUGACAAAUUGGAGGUACGUUGACUCGGAGAGAAGAUUCCAGCAUGUUCUUGAGGCUUGUGGUGUGUACAAGUCUCUCAUGAAACUUGGUGUAAAGGAAGGGGACACAGUAGUUGUUGGAGAGAUGAAGAUGAUAUGGCAUGACUCCUCUGGAAAUUCUGGUGCGGCUAGGAUGAAGAAAAUGUCCUCAGAUUCAUUUAAAUGGGCUGAAUGGAAGUAAUGACACUCAAUUUUGGUGAUUCUAUGUUCAUGUGUAUUGCAAUUAUGCCAUAGCUGUUCAUGUAGGUAGCAAAUUCAAUCAUAAUGAGGUGACAUUGAAGAGGAUAGAAGUCAUGAAAAGCUAUAUCAAAAGCAUAAAGAUAAUGCAAACCAUUACAUGCUUGCCCAGUGAUGAUAUGAUACUGAGUGCAUUUACGAUUCAAUCUUUGACUUGAGGGAAGUCUUCAUCAACAGCUACCGAGUCAUGUAUGAGACUGCUUUCACGUGGUUUGGAUAUUUCGAUGAAAUUAAAGUGAACAGUCGAAUUUCAAGUUUCACUUGAAGUCACCAUAUAAGCUACCAGAUUGAGAUUGUUAUAAUUUAUCUCUGACUUGUUUGUAUCUUGGUUUACUGGCUUGUUAACUAAAAUAUGGUUGAUAGACGAUCCUGUCUCUAUAAAGAAUAAAACUGUUAAUGGAUGUUGGGGAAAAAUCUGUAUUUUGGGGCAUGACAGGCUCUUCUUCCUUUCUUUACUGCAUCAGAGUGCUAGCCAAUUUUCUUCCCCUAAUUAACAAUGUCUACUACAUGUGGCAUAACAAGCUAAUAGUCUAAUAUGGCUAGGACAUGCUCGCAUGGUUGGUGUAAUAACUUCUAAGUGUUUCUUUUAGUCGAUGUUACUUUUUGCGAACACUUACAUUGGUAUCUUAACAUUUCUGGUGUGUGAUAGUAGUGUUUUUAUUUUAA